AUGGGUAGUCUACCUACUGGUAACCUUGAAAGCAUGUCAAUAUGUUCACAUAACCCACUUGAUCCGGAUGAGUUCAGAAGGGAAGGUCACAUGAUCAUUGAUUUCCUUGCUGAUUACUACAAAAAUGUUGAGAGUUACCCUGUUAGGAGUCAAGCUGAGCCUGGAUACUUGCAAGUUGAGCCUGGAUACUUGCCUAAACGAUUACCCGAAUCAGCUCCAAACAACUCUGAAUCCAUUGAAACCAUUCUUCAAGAUGUAAUCAGUGAUAUCAUCCCUGGUCUUACUCAUUGGCAGAGUCCAAAUUACUUCGCUUAUUUUCCUUUAAGUGGUUCCAUUGAUGGGUUCCUUGGUGAAAUGCUUAGUACUGGAUUUAAUGUUGUGGGCUUCAACUGGAUGUCUUCACCAGCAGCAAACGAGUUAGAAAGUACUGUUAUGAAUUGGUUCGGCCAAAUGCUUACCCUUCCCAAAUCAUUUUUCUUUUCUUCAGACAGAAGUUCAGGAUGA